GCGUAUCAAUUCUUCUGCUAGUGUUUGUGCCAUAUUAAUCCACCAAGUUGUUUAUACGAUUAGUAAUCCCGUAUUAUUCACCAGCAAUCAAUUGUCAGAAAUCACUCUACCGCUGUUGGACAUAAUAGGUAUAAUAUUCUACUGGAUCAUCACGCUAUGUACGUACAGUAAUUACAGGUUGCACGUAUGUAAUAAGGAUCCAUGUAUGGUUACCGUGUACGUACACCUACCCUUGCGAGUUGGAAUCCCCUGCGGAAGACUCAUUAGAUGGCUGUAAUAAAAUCUGAUGCUUUAUUGUAGUCGUUUAUUUGUACCGCGGAUAAGUGUGCUCGUGCGAUACUAAGACGCACACAGCUGUAGCCAUUCCUCGUUUGCGGGAAGACUUGAACCGCGGUAUAAAACAAGUUGUUCGUCAGAUUCAACAAUCACAUGCCUUUGCGCAUUUGCCAAUAACAUUGCACUUGGACUAGUACCCCACACUAUGACUCAACCUUUGGCCUUUAUUGUGCUCAUCGUGGCUGUCGGAAUCUGUGAAAUAAGUUACGCCAGGGUCAUGGACAGGCCGCGGUGGAUACAGUGCCAAAGUAACUCAGACUGUAUGCCCAGACAUUGUUGUACAAUCGGAAAACAGAAAUUCAGCAUCCCGCAGUGCAAGCCGAUGCAAGAUAACGGCGACGCUUGUCGACCGGAUGGUCCGAUAACUCUAAAUACUACAUUGAUGUACCCGGAUGGAUCUCAGAUUGAACUCACCGAAGUCCACGAUAUGUUUUGCCCGUGCGGAUAUGGGCUGAGUUGUGAUCGUCAAGAUGCCGUAUGUCGAGAUCCGAGUCACGAAAGAGGAUUCAAUGACAUUUUGGGAGAAGCAAGUACAGAGGACGAUUAAUUGCGAUGCUGAAUUUCGAACGAGAAAUGCGUGACAACAAUUACCUAAUCGCGGAGCUAACACUGAUAAUUGGUUGGAUAAGGGAUUAUAAAAAAUUGUUCAAAAACAUCGCUGGUAUGCCUUGGAAUACCGGUGAUUAUAGUAUUAUAUUUAAAUACGGAUGUAAGUGCCAAUCCUGUAAUGCUGGAAUCUUAGCAUUUGUAUCAAUUGUUGGCAGAAAAUGUACCAUGUGCGGCACUGUAACUAUAAGUGUAAGACUACCAGAGUCCUUGUCCCAGGAGUAACACAUUAUAUUAUGAUCCAGGGUACAACAUUUCAAGAUGAGAAAAAAAUAUAUUAAUUAUUUAACGAUUACCCUGUUCGAAGAUUACAUUGAUUUGUAUACACCGAAUAAAAACAAACUUAUAUCACCA